AUGGCCAAGAAGCCUAAAAUUCUGCUCCAAGCCUCAUGUCUUAAUGAGGUGUUUCAAACCCGAGGUGAAUGUGCAGUCUUCCUCUCCGAGAAGCACUCUGGAGUUCGCUCACCGUCCGUCUCCGGGGGAGGGAGGGAGGAGGACGGGGCCACCGCCCGGGGCAGGUUCCCGGAGUUGGGGAAGUGGCCCCGAGUACCAGAUCGGCUGAAAGGGGGCACCCACCCAGCCAGCGGCAGGAUUGCCCGACGACUGCUCCGGGACCUUUGGGCCAAUUACUCCAAGGUCAUGAGGCCGGUGUCAGACACAGACCAGGUCCUCAACGUGACCCUGCAGGUCACCCUCUUCCAGAUCAUCGACGUGGAUGAAAGAAACCAGAAGCUAACCACCUACCUGUGGACCAGACAGGUGUGGAGAGAUGCCUUCUGCCGUUGGAACAAGGAGAACUACGGUGGCUUGGACAACAUACGUGUACCCAGCAGUUAUCUGUGGCGACCAGAUAUCGUCCUCUACAACAGCGCUGACCGGUUCACCAGCCCAGCAGACACGAACGCGGUGGUCCGAUACGACGGCCUGGUGACCUGGGACUCGCCGGCCAUCGCCCGCACCUCCUGCCAACUGGACGUCACCUUCUUCCCGCUGGACACGCAGCGCUGCCCGCUGACCUUCGGUUCGUGGACGUACGGCGGGCGGCAGCUGGACCUGUGGCCGUCGGGGGAGACGGGGCAGCUUUCGGAUUUCACGGGCCACGUCGAGUGGGAGGUGCUGGGUCUGCCGGCCGGCCGGAGGCUCGCUCGGUACGGCUGCUGCUCGGAGCCGUACACCGAGCUCCGCUUCGUCCUCAUGCUGCGCCGCCGGCCCUUCUUCUACCUGCACAACCUGCUGCUGCCCUGCGUCCUCCUCUCCGCCCUCGCCCCGCUUGCCUUCCAGCUGCCCGCAGCCUCCGGAGAGAAAGUCUCGCUGGGGGUCGCCCUGCUCCUCGCCCUGACUGUCUUCCAGUUGAUGGUGGCCGAGAUUACGCCCCCGGCCGAGAGCCCACCGCUCCUUGGGAGGUAUUACAUUGCCACUAUGACCAUGAUGACUGUCUCCACUGCCUUGACGGUGCUGAUCAUGAACGUCCAGUACUGCGGUCCCGAGGCAAAGCCCGUUCCCCGCUGGGCCGAGGUGCUUAUUCUCGGACACGUGGCCCGCUUCCUUUCUGUCUGUGAGCUGGGUGAGAGGUGUGGACAGGACACAGAGUCCGGAACCCAGGGGGACCUGGCCGCCGGUGGUCAUUGGCUGCUGGGAGAAGUGGAGGGGCAGGAGGAGAAACCUGAGGGAGUGAUCUGCCCCGCCCAAUCUCUUCCCGCUGCGAGUGGGGAGGAGGAUCGGUGGAGGUGUGGUGCGGGAGCAGACUGGCAGCGGCUGGCCAGCGACGUGGAGUUCAUCGCCAGUCGUGUCCAUCGGCAAAGGGAAACGCGGCAACUGUUGGCCAAGUGGAGGAGGGUCAGCAGAGUGAUCGACCGUCUCUUCACCUGGAUCUUCCUUCUGAUGGUCACCGUGAUGAGUGUUGUCAUUACUGCCCAGGCGCUGUAGUCCAGCUGUACAAUGGCUGGAGUUUGAUUGUAGUCUAUAGCUCAUAGAAAAGUACAGUACAGGCCCUACAGCCUACAAGGGUAAAUAUUGCAAUUUUCCAGUCUUCAGGAACCAUUCCAGAAUCUAAUGAUUCUUGAAAUAUCAUUAUUUAUGCUUCUACAAUCUCUUAGUACCACAUCUUCCAGAGCCCUGGGGUGUACACCCUCUGGUCCAGGUGACUUGUCUACCUUCAGACCUUUCAGCUUCCCAAGAACCUUCUCUCUAGUUAUGGUAACUUUUAACACUUCAUGACCCCUGACACCUGGAACUUCCUCCAUACUGCUAGUGUCUUCCACAGUGAAGACUGAUGCUAAAUCCUUAUUCAGUUUUUUCGCCAUCUCAUUGUCCCCCAUUACUACCUCUUCAGCGGACUUUAAUAUCCUCUUUAAUAUUAUUGGCUAGCUUACUUUCAUAUUCCAUCUUUACCUUCUUAAUGACUUUUUUAAUUACCUUCUGUUGGUUUUUUAAAAUUUCCCAAUCCUCGAACUUCCCACUAAUUUUUGCUCUAUUAUAUACCCUCUCUUUGGCUUUUAUGUUGGCUUUGACUUCACUUGUUAACCAUGGUUGUGUCAUAUUUCCUUUAGAAUACAUCUUCUUCUACUUUGAGAUGUAUACAUCCUGUUCCUUCUGAAUUGCUUCCAGAAAUUCCAGCCAUUGCUGCUCUGCUGUCAUCCCUGCCAGUGUUCUUUUCCAAUCAAUUCUGGCCAACUCCUCUCUCAGGCCUCUGUAAUUCCCUUUACUUCACUGUAAUACUGAUACACCUGACUUCAGCUUCUUCUCAAAUUUCAGGGUGAAUUCAAUCAUAUUGUGAUCACUGGCUCCUAAGGGUUCUUUUACCUUAAGCUCUCUUGUCAAUUCUGGUUCAUUGGUCCAAUCCAGAAUAGCUGAUCCCUGAGUGAACUCAACUACAAGCUGCUCUAAAAAAACCAUCUCAUAGGUACUCUAGAAAUUCCCCUUCCUGGAAUCCAGCACCAACCUGAUUUUCCCAACCUACCUGCACAUUGAAAUCUCCCAUGACUAUUGUAACGUUGCCCUUUUGGCCUGCAUUUUCUAUCUCCCACUGUAAUUUGUAGACCACAUCCUUGCUACUGUUUUGGGGUCUCUAUACAACUUCCACCAGGGUCUUUUUAGUCUUGCAGUUCCUUAUCAAAGUAACACUGUUAUAACUCAGGAAGAGGAAACCAACAUUCACCCAUCCUUAAGGUGUCUGGAGGGAUUUUUACAACUAGUGAAGUAGUUUUCCAAGGACUGUCCUGUUUCAAUUGACACACGUUGAAGACCCUCGAACAGCGAUCAGGUAGAACUUCACAGAACAGGCCUUCCAAACCACGAUGAUACACUAUUGUCUUUAUUUUUCUGAACUUACACAGAUGUCACAUUUAUUUUAGUUUAAUUUGUCAUGUAUCUUGUGUUGUACUGUCAGUGAUGUUCCACUGGUAACGUUCUCUAAUUUGACUGAGGUCACCCGUCCUGACCCAGCACAUGGAAGGCACGCCAACGUCUUCACGCUCUGCAGAUGUUUUCAAUUUGUCACCGAACACUCCAACAAAUUUCUACAGAUGUAGUUCUGAAAGUAUCCUGGCUGGUUGUAUCUGGUACGGCAAUACGAAUGCACUGGAACGUAAAAAGCUGUAGAGAGUAGAGGAUUCAGUCCAAUACAUCACGGACACAUCCCUCCCCAUCGGGAAUAUCCACAGGAUUCAGUCCAAUAC